CUGGGGAGCCAGCCUCCCCAAGCAGCAGCUUCAUCCACUGCCCAUGACUGCAGGUGCGCAUGAAAGACAAGGAGACACCGGCAUCCCUCAGCAAAGGUUUAAUGAUGACUGAGCUGAGCACAACGUCCCUGCUUGUGACAGAAACCAGCCCAGACAAUAGGGAUAAUGAGAUUGGUUGCGUAAUCCACAGUUCCACUGAGGUGAUCCUUGAUAGUGUCACUGUGCUCAUCUGUCUCUUCGGGCUGGUGGGAAAUGGGGUCGUCCUCUGGCUCCUCAGCUUCUUCAUUAAGAGGAAUCCCUUCACCAUCUACAUCCUCAACCUGGCCGUAGACUUAAGCUUCUCCUCUGCACUGCUUGGUUUACCUCAUACUGUUUACUGUGGAGAAUCCUUCUGUUUAGAUAAAUUUUGGCGUUUUGUGAGGGUGAUUUUUCACCUGCUGUUUCUGUUCGCCACCAAUGCCGGCCUGUACUUCCUGACAGCCAUCAGCAUUGAGAGGUGUCUGUCUGUCUCUUCUACCCCAUUUGGUGCCAAUGCCACCGCCACCAAGCACCUGUCUGCCCUUGUGUGUGCCCUGCUGUGGGCUCUUUCCUGCCUGGUAACAGGACUAAUGUCUUAUUUUUGUGUUUCUGUUGGAAGUGAACGCUGUCGGAUGUCACACAUCGCCAUGUAUGUUCUGAAUUUCCUGAUUUUCGCUCCCGUCAUGGUUCUGUCCAACCUGAUCCUGUUCAUCAAGGUCCGACAUAGCUCCCAACAACGUCAGCCUGGAAGGCUCUACGUUGUUAUCUUGCUCACCGUCCUCUUCUUCCUCGUCUUUGCUGUUCCGUUCAGUAUCCACCGCUUUGGCCUGUAUUAUAAUUAUUUUCGUAUCCCCAUUGAGAUAUGUAAUGCACUGGCCUCUGUAAACAGCAGCAUUAACCCAGUUAUUUAUUUUUUAGUUGGGAGCUACAGGAAGUGGCGGGUUCAGGGCUCUGUUAAGGUCGCACUCCAAGAGGGUUUUGAAGAGCAUGCCAGAUUCCAGAGAAGAUGGAGAGGCCACCAGGAAGACUCAAUGGAGAUGGCCAAUUAAAUCAUUACAGCACCCAGCCUCAGAGACCUUAUUGUGGAUAUGGAGCUUUAUUAAUCAGUAUGAAAAUUAGCAGCUUCCUACUUGUUUAAUUUUUCUCUAAUUUUCCAAAUAACAUAUCUGUGUGGCACUUGGUUAUGAUGUUAGGUCUGUCUUGGAAACUUGUCAGCAUGGUCUCUGGGCCCAUCAUAUAUAUUUUAGCAUCUCCAAGUUAUAUCUCCAGUGAAUGUAUAUGUGUGCAAGGUGACAGUAAAUGAUUUGUGCUUCUGACUACAAACCCAUCUACUAGAAAGAGGGAUUGGAGGAAAAAAGGCAUUUUGACAGGGUGGGCAUGAGAGGAAAUAACAUAUUGACAUUAACAUCAAUGGCAACUUUAUUAUAUUUGUCCAAGCAUAAGACUAAAGAGAACAAAAUUUAUUCUAAAGCAAGAAAUACAUAGAAAUACUGUCUAAUUAAACAGCAUACCACUUGCCCAAUUCAGUAUUAGUAUGAUCAUGAGAAAUUUAAAUAAGUCCAGCGGGACUCAAAUAAAAGAGCAGUGAGGUGAGGGAAAGGCAAUGGCUAGAGAUCACCCAAUAGCGUAGAAAAUAGGGCCCUACCAAAUUCACAGCUGUGAAAAAACACAUCAAGGAUGGUAAAAUCUGGUCCUUUGUGUACUUUUACUCUAUACAAUACGAUUUCAUGGGGGAGAUGAGCAUUUCUCAAACUGGGAGUCCCAAACCAAAAGGCGGUUCUGGGGAGUUGCAAGGUUGUUGUAGGGGGGAAUGCAGUAGUACCAUCUUUACUCUGCAUUGCCUUCAAAGCUGGGCAGCUGGAGAGCAGUGGAGCUGGAUGGACGCCUAGCUGUGAAGGCAGUGCCACAUAAACAGCAGCGCAGAAUAAAUGUGGCAAUACCAUACCGUGACAACCCUUAUUUCUGUACUGCUGCUGACAGUGGUGCUGCUUUCACAGCUCCCUGCAGCUGUGGGAGGUUCCUGAAGGUGGGGUCUGACACGGGAGCGGCACUUGCAAGGGAAGAGGAAGUCCUAUCCCUCCACACACUGGCCAGAACCCAGCAGCUGGAGCUUGGCAUAAGUAGGAGCCCGCGGCAGGGCACCUCCAGCCCUGCCCACUCCUUGGCUCCAGACCAGCGCCCUGGCACUCGGGAGUUAAAGGCACCCUUGGGAUGGCUGGAGGGAUGGGGGGGAACCACAGAACCACCCCCAUCAACCACAGUACCCUGGGCGGUCAUCCAUGUCACCCACCCAUAAGGCCAGCCUCCGCUCCUCCCCAACGAAAGCACCCAGCCAGCAGCUGCUGCUCUCUGGCCAUCCAGCUCUGAAGGCAGCACCACCACCAGAAAACAGCGCAGAAGCAAGGGUAACAAGAGCAUGGACCAGUACAAUCGCUUUGUUACCCUCCCCCAUAGCCUCCGUUUGCAUUGGGACCCCCACAGUUACACCACCAUGAAAUUUCAAAUUUAAGUAUCUGAAACCAUGAAAUUUAUGAUUUUUUAAAAUUUUGUGACUGUAAAAUUGACAGUGAAUUUGGUAGGGCCCUAGCUAUAAGAAAGGAAACAGAUAUGGAGUCCCAGUCCCACUCCACAGGCAUAUGCUGAAGUUUAUAUUUCAAACGUUUUCUCUCUUUUGGCCACCUUCUCAUAUCUUAAUCAAAGGAUAAAACGUGUUUUAAUGAGAGGUGCAACAGUAACUGAAAUGAAACUGCUGGGCCACAGUCACCUAUGUAUGUUGUAACAGAGUACAAAGGUAUCGAUAACAUCGUCUCCCUUGUGGGCCCAAGACACCACAGAGUUAUCCACACAACAGAUGUUUAGCCAUUUAUCUCAUACUUGGCUAAAGUUUCAAGGAAGGAACUGGGCAGGGUUGGUACUUCCUGUUGUUUCUGGUGUGAAGAGUGAAAGACACCACAACUGGCGACAAGGCUGGAGCCUCACCCAGAGAUGCGGUGGGACAGAGAGCCACUGUUAGGCAAGUGAAAGUUAAUGACAACUGCCCCUCUUUCAGAUUUGACAGAGAUGCUACUGCUUAUGGUUUGGGGGGCAGUAUUGGCACAAGCACAAAGGAUGUGAGAGGAUGGUGGUUUUGUUCAGCAAAAGUCUAGUUCUUCUGAGAGGGCACCACAUGGAGGAACUCCUGCAGUGGUUAAAUCUAGAGAAUAUUUUCAUCAGUAUUUGUAUAGGAGAAUUUUUGGUCAGGACAGACCAUUCUUGCGUGCAAUGGCCUCUUUAGAUUCAGGAAUCCUGACGAACAGCUUGCCAUGGGGUUGGGAAAACUGCAGUGCUGUGAUUUCCCAUUCAUGCACAAGCCUGGCCAUAAGCAUAGCCAAUGCAGAUGCCGUGUGCAGAUGGCCUUGUUGGAGAAAACUAAAUGCAAACAAUUCCCUUAGCAGAAGAGAGCAAACAAUUGAUAGCUCACAGGGAUGUGUGUACUAGGGAGUAGAUGGUUGCCUCCUCUAAUACAAUAAUUUUCAGAAUUGCGCAAGUUCCCUGUUCAUCCACUGUGUAGGGAAAUACGUGGGCUUACAACUUUGGCUAGGCUUUUAGGCCUAACUUUGGAUAAGCUUGUUUCUAGGCUGUUGUUGAACUUUGGUUCAGCUGGUCUCUGUGUAUAAGGGGAAGAGAGGAGCGGGACAGAGUGGUGAAAGAAUGAAGGAAAGUUGCUUCUGUGUGUCUAGAGGUAAAAGGAUUCAGGAAAUACAGGAAAAUAUGGGAAGAAAUUUGAGUAAUUCCUCAAUUUUGCCUGCAAUCAGCAAGGAUAUUUGUAAAGAAUGAUUUUAUUCAAAUGUUUAAAUGUUGUAAUUGCAAGACUUAACCUUAGAUAAGGUCACAGACCCCAUCCCUUGGACAUCGGAGGCUAAUGAGGUUUUCACUCAGGUUAAGCAUGUUCUGGCCCGAGCACCGGCACUGGGCCUCCCUGAUUACAAGAAGCCCUUUACUCUCUAUUGUCAUGAAAAGGAGGGGAUGGCCCUGGGGGUCCUCAUGCAAACCCACGGAAAUAAGCAGAGACUUGUUGCAUAUUUUAGUUCCUCUUUGGACCCAGUAGCUGCUGGCUUCCCUCCUUGCCUUAGGUCUGUGGCUGCUGUGACGGCCCUCGUGGAAUCUUCCGCUACCUUGUGCUGGGUAGCCCCUUGACUGUUGCGGUCCCCCAUGCUGUCACUGCUCUCCUUACUAAGGGGAAAACUCAACAUCUCUCUAACUCCAGGCUCACUAAAUACAAGAUGCUUCUUUUGAAUGUAUCUAAUGUUACCUUAACUAGGUGUCCUAUGCUUAACCCGGCCUCUCUGUUGCCCGCGGGGUGGGGGGGGGUGAUAAACCCCAUGACUGUCUAACAGUAACUGCUGAGCUCUCUUCUCCCAGGCUUGAUUUGCAGGACACUCCGCUUCAGAGCCUUGACCUGGUAUUUUAUGUAGAUGGCUCAUGUCUUAGGAACCCCUCAGGUCAGCUUGUAGCUGGCUAUGCAGUUUGUGCUCCCCACGGCCCGGUGGAAGCCUACUGUCUUCCAAAGGCCGGCUCUGCCCAGGUAGCUGAACUGAUCGCCCUUACCAGGGCUGCUCCAUAGCUGAGGGCAAGUCUGGUUACCAUCUAUACGGAUUCCAGAUGUGCCUUCGAGAUGGUGCAUGAUUAUGGGCAGCUCUGGAAAUAUAGAGGAUUUCUUACCUCUGGAGGAGCACCCAUUAGUCAUGGCCAUUAUGUUAAUGCCCUUUUAUCUGCCUUCAGCUUCUGUCUGCAAUUGUUGUAAAUGUUCUGCCCAUCAAAGCCCUGUGAUGAUGUUACGCGCGGAAAUGCCCUGGCAGAUGCUGCUCGCCAGGCAAGUGGCCCUUUCCAGGUCCCUGGCUCCCUCUGAAAUUUUUCUCUUUGUAUGCUGCAACCUCUUUCUCCAUCUGCGUCUUCUCGUGACCUGGCGCUUAUGCAGGACUCAGCAUCUGAGGGGGAGAAAGACAGUUGGAGGCAGAAUGGGUGCUCUCUACACCCUGAGGAUGCCUUGCGGCGUGCUCCAGAAGGUUGCCUGGUUGCACCCCAGGCUUUGUUCCCUUACCUUGCUUGCGUGGCCCAUGGUUUGGCCCACGUGGAGGGAGGAAUGAUUGCAUCAGUGGUAUGGCAUUGGUAUGCCCCAAAGUUUUCGGUCAUGCUCAGCAAUACUGUAAUUCUUGCCCUAUUUGUCUGGCACACAACAGUGGAAAACCAAUCCAUACUAGACCGGCAGCUCACCACACUCCAUGGGGACCCUUUGUAAAUAUUCAGAUUGACUUUAUAAACAUGCCAAAAUGCUGCUCUUGUGAAUGUGUGUUAGUUUUAGUAAUGUAUUUCCUUGUAAAGGCAAAUGCCAAAAC